CCUUUGGUUCCAAACUUCCUGGGUUGAAUGGAUUUGGUUGGCUAUCGGCUUUUAUUGUACUCUUUGUUCUCAUUCUCUGUCGUCUUUGCAGCACAAGUCUCUCUCCUCUCUCUCUCUCUCUCUCUCUCUGUGGACACGUAAACUGUUCAUAUAAUACAAUAUUUUCUGACGAAUAUCUGAUAAUAAUUGUGCCUUUCUUUCUUCAUGGAAAGCUUCAAAUUCAAAAGCUUUCAUCUGGGGCAUAAAUUCAUAACAAAACCUCAAAAGGGUUGUCCGAAUUUGGGUUGACUAUCUCUCCAAUGCCGAUGUUCCUGAAUCUAUGGACCUUUUUUGGCGCGGAUUCCCCACAAUCUUUCAGACGCUGCGUCAAAAUUUUCUCUCUGGUUUUUGCUUUCGGCUCUGCUCUCUGCCUUGGUGCUCUUAAAGGUCUUCUGGUCGGACCCAUUUCUGCACUAAUACUGAUUUUAGGGAAUGUGGGAAUAAUUUUAGGUUUAUCUCCUGCACAUGUUGUCUGGACAAUCUACACUCUCAUAAAGAUUCACAGAUUUGAUGUACCACUUAAAAUUGCAAUUUUGUUUGCCUUGCCUGGCCUGCUGGGUAUAUGGCUGGGUUUGAGCAUAGCUGGGAGUGUUCUGUUGGGUGUGGGAUAUGGAUUCCUCACUCCCUGGGUUUCUACUUUUGAGGCCUUUAGGCAUGACAACCGGUACAAGAAAUUCAAACAUUGUAUUCUGGAUGGAACUUGGGGGACUGUUAAAGGAAGCUGUACUGUAGUUAGAGACUUUGCAGACCUGUGUUACCACUCGUACCCACUUUACUUGAAGGAGUUGCACGAAUCACCCGCUGCAGAGGAAGUUCGCACUCUUAGGUUGAUUCACAUUCCAGCAUGUAUUAUGGUUGGUGUGUUGGGGCUAAUCGUGGAGAUUCCUGUUUACACUGCAAUUGCAGUUGUAAAGAGUCCCUAUAUGCUGCUUAAGGGCUGGUAUCGACUGAUUCAUGAUCUGAUUACUCGAGAAGGUCCAUUUCUUGAACUAGCAUGCAUCCCUAUUGCUGGUUUGACAAUCCUUCUGUGGCCAAUUGUGGUUGUUGCAAGUAUUGUAUUGGCAGUUUUCUCAAGCAUUUUAAUCGGAUUGUAUGCAUCAGUUGUAGUAUAUCAGGAAAGAUCUUUCAGGAAAGGUGUGGCGUACGUGGUUGCAAUGGUGGCUGAAUUUGAUGAAUACACGAAUGACUGGCUGUAUCUUCGAGAGGGAACAAUCUUUCCAAAGCCCAAAUAUCGAAAAAGAGCUGUCGCUCAAUCACCCGAGUUCUCUAUUCGAGGAAAUCAGCUGGCUACACUCAGUCCUGCUCCUAUGGAAGCACCUGCAAUGCUUAUGCCAAGUAUAGCCAACUCGAGAUCAGUUAGAGACGUUAUACAAGAAGUGAAAAUUGUUCAGAUAUGGGAAAACAUGAUGAGGUCCUGCGAACUGAGGGGCAAGGAGUUGUUGGAUGAUAAUGUAAUAGCCACAACUGACCUCGAUGAAUGGUUGAAAGCAAAGAACAGCAACGAAGCAUCCAUUAUCGGUGUUGGUCUGCCAUGUUAUUCAUGCUUGCAGACUCUUCUCUGCUCCAUCAGAUCGAAUUCAGAUGGUUUACUGCUGCUUGAUGACGUUGAAAUUAACUACUUAAAUAGACCGCAUGAAAAAUUGUGGGACUGGUUCUUUAAUCCGAUAAUGGUCUUGAAGGAACAGAUUAAGGUCAUAAAAUUGUCAGAGGGUGAGGUUAGAUAUUUGGAGAAAGUGGUUCUUUUUGGAACCAAUAAUCCACAACGCGUAGUGGCUUGGGAUAACGGAAGUUUACUACCUCAAGACGCUCUAAGAGCUGCUCAAAUCGAAGGCAUUAGUAGAAGGAUGAUUGGAAUGAUGAGAAGUGUCUCAAAAUUUCCCACUUACAGAAGGAAAUUCCGGCACGUUGUCAAGGCUUUAGUCGCAUAUUCCUUGCCGAAGGAGGCUUCAAUCGCAUCCGGUUCUGUUAAAUCUACCAUCUCCAGUGAAGAUGUUGUGCUGGAUGAACCUUAAUUUAUCUUCGUUUUAUUUACAUUUCCCCCCCUUCACAUUGGACUGUGAUUAUAAUUUCUCAAGGGCAUGUAUUUUAGAUCAUUGGUCAGAUCACUAGUUUAUGAGCUUUGCUACAGACACACACACACACACACACACAGACACACCGUAUGCAUAUAUGUAGCUGGAAGCAGAGCAAUCUUGAUCUUAUAGUGGAAGCUACCAUUCCAUGGAGGGAUUGGCUGUAUCGGAAAUUGAUGAGGUAGGGUUGAGCCUUUUGACAACAAAAGUCCGACAUGCUAUGUUAUUAAUGUCUCGCGAUGAUUUAAACCUAGUUUACGUUUCUAUUGGCAUAUAAACAAUCUAACA